GCAGUGAUCCGUGUGCAGAUCCUGUGCUGAACAACUGUGACGUCAAUGCUGAAUGUUCCACUGGUUUAGAUGGAAGUGCUAACUGUACUUGCAAAUCGGGAUUUGUAGGGAAUGGGACAUCAUGUGAGGCACCGGAUCCAUGCACUGACCAUUCGCUAAACAACUGUGGCGAUAAUGCAGAAUGUACGAACACAAACGGAAAUUUUAGUUGCACGUGUCUUUCUGGUUAUCAAGGAAACGGUACACACUGCAAGAUUGCUCCGUGCAACGCGGGUUUUGCUAUCCCCUGGAAUGGUGGAUUCCAGUGUAUAUGUCCCCCAAACAAACAAGGGAUCAACUGCAGCGAAGACGUUCCUGAUUCCAACUUCAACUGCUCAUGGCCUUCAAAUGAAAAUGCAUGCAGAUCGAACCCUUGUUAUGGCGAGAAGGCCGUAUGUAUAAACACGUUUGGGGGAAAUUUUAGAUGUCUCUGCCCCUCUGGAGCUGAAGGUGAUCGAUGUGAAAAAGGUGCUCAUUGUUUCGACUGCUUCAGUGUUCGAUGGAGAAACGUAACCUGCUCUGUACACGACGACGCUCAAUUCUUGCAAUCAUUUCAAUUAAAGACCCCAACGGUAGACAGACAGAUAUCAAGAACGCAGUGUUCUGAGGACAAAUGGGGCUUUGAUGAAAAUACAAAGGAAAUGUGGGUCGCUCGUGGAUGUAGAGCAAGGUUCUGUGCAGACUUUGAACCAACACCUGAAACUCAGUAAUAAGAAUGUUCAAGUCUAGAGAAACAUUAUUGUAUAUUUCUAUGAUUAGCCCUAUUAACCGACAACCGAGUCCCGACACCGACUUGAUUACUGUAAAUCGAUACAGGGGUACCACAAUGCCCAAGCUAUAUACUUUUACAAACAAUGUGAAUGAAACACAAGCCUAGGUCGAAAGACAUUUUUCGCUUGUGACAUUACUCAUGUUCCUUGUUCAGCCUGUACCGUUUUAUUUAUCAUGAAUGCCAAUAUAAUUCCUUGUUGUUGAUAGCCCUUACUCGAAUUGCUCCCUUAUGCCUACCCCACUUAAGCCUCAGAUUCAUUGGUCGGCGCACGGCCAAUUGAGUAUUGAGAGUUUGAUUCAUUUAUAUCGUGCCGUCAUUUGUUGUUUUGUCUGUCAAGCUGUGUGAGCUAGGCAUUAUCGGGAAUACUACAACGGUAGUUCCAUUUAAGCCCCAGUCACAUUUGCUCUUACACUUCGCACGAACUGGGGACAAUUGACCCUUUGCGAUAAUAAUUCAGGAAUUUUGUUUACUGAUACUGUUGUCAUGUAUUGUCAUAUUGGUGUGACGUCUGUUGUAUAAAUGAAAUAUAUACAUUAUUAAUUACCUUAUUAUACCAUACUAUAACCUUGUAUAUACAUGAGUAAUAAGCAUAAUAUAUACGUGUGUGUGUUUGU